AUGGCGAAAUUCCAAGUAGGCUGGUAUCGAUUCGUACCGUUCCUGGGAUACCACCAUGUCUUGAUGAUCUUGAUAGCAAUCGCCAUCAUCCUUCUAUGUUGCUCGUCAUCGUCACCUUUGAUGCCCGAUAUCUUCCUCCUGUCUCUGUACUACGACAGUUACACAGCAGUCCCCUCAACAGCGCAAGUUGACUACAAUGUCCACACGGCCAUCGAGAACAUCGCCGGCGACGCCCGUCUCGCCUGCCGGGUUGGUUACUUCGGAAUCUGUAUCAGCCCCGACGGUGGCAGCUGGCUUUGCAGCAACAACGCCACCGCUCUUGCCAACGAAGUUUCUGUCGACCAGGAUCCCCUCAACCUGAUCUGGCUUGCUGCUCAGUUCAAGGACAUGAUCGUGUUCCCCUACCUCAUCAUCAUUGCCAUCAUCUUUGCCUUCGUCUGCUUCCUCUUGCUCGCUACCUUCCCCGGAUGGCACGAGGAGGAGGACUCCGAGGGCUCUGACCGCGAAGUCAAGCCGUUUCCAUCGCGACCCGUUUCCCAGAUCUCGCUGGCCAUCAUCUUCAUCGCCUCCAUCUUUGUUCUCGUGUCUGUGCUAUGGCAGCACACCGCCUCAGUUGCUGCGUCCAUCAUCGCUCAAGAUUUCGGGAACGGUGCUGUACGCUCUGGUGUCGGUACUUCCGCCAUGGUCCUCGGUUGGUUCAGCUUUACCCUGCUCAUCAUUGUUACCAUCGGUCUUUUGGUCAUGAUCCUGAGUAUCCGUGUUCUGAGCCAAAUGGUCGACUAA